GUUUUGCAAGCUCGUGGAUUGCCCAUAAAAGAUGUCACUGGAAGCAGCGACCCUUACGUAAAAAUCUAUCUUUUACCAGAAAGAAAGCGAAAGUUCCAAACAAAAGUUCAUCGCAAAAACUUAAACCCUGUUUUCAAUGAAACUUUUAUCUUCAGCGUAUCUUAUGAAGAAUUACGCGACAGAUAUCUACAGUUUUCCGUGUACGACUUCGAUCGUUUUUCCCGUCACGAUUUGAUCGGACAGGUUGUACUCAAGGGGCUGUUGGACUGCACUGAUUUAGAACAAGAAAUUGAAUACACCAUGGAUAUACUUUGCGCGACACAGGAUAAAGUUAAUUUAGGGGAGCUGAUGUUAUCGCUUUGUUAUCUUCCAACGGCAGGACGACUUACGCUCACUGUUGUUAAAGCUAGGAAUUUAAAAGCUAUGGAUAUCACAGGAAAAUCAGAUCCGUAUGUAAAAGUUUCAUUAUUUUGCCAAGGAAAGAGAAUAAAAAAGAAGAAGACAACGGUGAAAAAAAACACACUGUCUCCAAUUUACAAUGAAAAUAUGGUGUUUGAUAUUCCAGCAGAAAAUAUCGAUGACGUAAUAUUAAUUGUUAAAGUUAUUGAUUACGAUAGAAUUGGGUCGAAUGAAUUGAUGGGAUGCACGGCAAUAGGAUCGAAUGCGAUAGGCAUUGGAAAAGAACACUGGUCAUCGAUGUUGGAGAGUCCUCGCGAACCGCAAACACAAUGGUAUCCGUUACUUGAUAGUGUUACUAAUCAUAUCCAACCAAUAUCUACGGAACGACUUCCUAUUAGUCUCAGUUGUAUCAAUAGCAGAUGAAGCUGUAUCAACAACCGCUAAUUGCGGAGGCUUAAUAAUUAUUUUGGAUACUGAAUAACCUCAAAAUAAAUCCAAACAAAUCCUUCUUGUAAAUCACUUUCCAGUAAACAUACAAAAACAAUAUGCCUGACAGAAAAAUUAUUUCGACCUCCAGCAACAUAUUUAUACAGAGGAAAAAAGCUACGAGGAUUAGGACCCAAGGUCCCAAAACUGCUUGCCUUAGACAGAUCAAUGGUGGACUCAUAUCACAUCAGUAAUUAAUAAUUAUAAAUUGUAACAUGACAAGUAUUUAUAACAAGGAGAGAAGAAAAGAGCGAGACAAUAUUUUUUCAUGCCUCGUUAUUUUUUCAAAAGUUUCCUUUAUUUUCUUAAAAUAAAUGCUUUGCUUGUGACAAUACUUUGGAGCCCCUGGGAUAAUCAACACCCAUAUUGGCUACUUCUAUUUGAAUAUUAUUAAUAUAAUUAUAAAUAUAUAUACAUGUAUACAUAUAUAAAUGUAUUAACUAUAAUUAAUAAUUAUAUGCAGUAUUAAUUAAAUUUAUAUCAAGUGGGAAGGCCUUAUUUUUAGAAAAGAACGAAAUUUUGACAGCGAAAGAGUAAGAAUUAUUGAAGAAAUAAAUAAUUUAGAGAUUAAUUAUUUGUGUACCAUAAUAAUAAUAACAAUAAUAACGAUAAUAAUUUAUGAAAACAUAGAUAGAGUAGUAUUAUUUAAUUAAUUAAAUGAUAAUAAUGGUAAAUAUAUAAUCAAUGAUAAUCAUAAUUAUAAAUAAUAUUAAGUUCUUAAAUAUCGGAUAACUCGAUGUAAAAUCUAUUGAGUUAAAUGAUAUUAUUAAGGUUAUUUUUUGGUGCUGGCUAGAGAUGGCGUUGAGGUUCAAACAAUGAAGAAGUAAUCGAUUUAUGAAGAAAUAAUAUUUUAUGAUUAAUGAUUAACUGUAUCCAUAAAAGCCCUGGUGGCUAUUGUUGUGAUAAAAUAAUGUAUAAUUAAUAAAUUAUAAUGUAAAAUAACUGACCAUACACAUUAUACGUAUCAUGUUUAAAAAAAUCAUGCAUAAUAAUUAUAAUGAUUCUAAUGUAUUUAUGGAAAAUGAAGAUAUCAACUACUAAAAAAAUAUUUUGUGAAUAAGGAUAAAUUUGACUGCUUAAAAUUCCCAAAAUAUAUAGACUCGAUGAUUCGAUUGUGAACAUGAUAAUAAUUAUAAAGAUAAUUAAAAUAUAUAAAUAUAUAUUUUAAUGAUUAAAAUGUGGGAGAAAUUGGUGUACAGUUAUUGUUCUCAGUUGGUAGUUUUUUCAAUAUUUUGGAUGAUGUAUAGAUUUCCUAGUGUUGUAUUCCCAAUGACUGGCGACUCCUGUAUACGUGUUGACAUAUCACGCUUAAUUAAUAUGUGUUUUGUUAAUUUAAAUAGUAAUUAUUGUAAUUGUGCAGAUGAAUAAAAUUGGAGGAUGAAGUUGUCCAAAGUUUACUCUGCAUGCUGUUAAAAGUACAAUAUUCAGUAAGUUAAGUGUUUCAAAUCUGCAGUACUUUUCUAAGAGUAAUGAAUAACAUAUCUGUGUAGAUACUAGAUUUUGAUGAUUGUAAGAAAAUAAAUAAAUAAAGUAUCUAUUUAAAUUAAA